AUGGGAAAAUCCACCAGUAAAAGGCGCAAGACCACGGAGACCCCAGAUGACAAUGCUAAAGGACCCAGGAAAACGAACAAAAAGACGAAGGAUAAGAAGGAGAAGGGAAAGGACAAGAAUAAGGCGAGGAAAUCGAAGCGGCGUAAACGACCCCAGGCGACUGAGGAUGGUGGUGAAAAAGCGCCUGUCAAAAAGCCCAAACGUCCUCGUGUUGGUCACCUGGAAUGCGGUCGUUUUCCUCGCUCCUUCCCCACUCAAGUGGGUCACAGAGUGAAACAGCAUCGUAGAGACGGCGCCCCGGUUUCUACGCAUGCCCUAGGAAAGGCGCCCAAAGGUACCCAGACAAAGAUGAGUAUUGCACGGAGGAGGCGAAACAAGCCAAGUCGGGCGGUUAAACGAUGGAAGUUGAGGUCGUCGCUACGAAGGAUUGGAACUAUCGUAAUUCUCCUAGCUGGAAGGCACCGGGGAAAGAGAGCGGUCAUCGUGGGACGACACCGAUUCUCUGGACUGCUGCUGAUUACUGGACCCCUCAAGUGCAAUGGAAUUCCAGUGAGGAGGGUACAUCCCGACUACGUCAUUGCUACCAAGACGUGCAUAAAGAUGGACAAGGUAGGCAUGUCUGCUAUCGCUUCAUUACACAUUUGUGGACUUUGCAGUCAGUUGCGUCUUCCAAGCCGAAUGCAAACCAAAGAAUACUUCGCUCGUCAGAAGCCCCAACCCCGAUCUAAGAACGCUGCAGACAACCUUUUCGUGGACGCUGCUACUGCUGCUGGGAAAAAGGCCUAUAAGCUGAAAGAGGAACGAAAAGAGGACCAAAAACUGGUAGAUAAACGCGUCAUUGAAGCGAUCAAAAGAAACAAACACGCCAAAAUGCUUUUUGCCUACCUCCGAUCUCAAUUCUCCCUCAGUCGUCACGACAAACCGCACAGAAUGUACCCUUAUGCUUGGUUUCGGCAGUUCAAGAGAAUUAAACGAGGGUGCAGGGUUGAAGGAUGCACGAAAAUCAGGCAUGAAAAUGAAGGCUGGUGGAAUAUCGAGGCCGUACACUUGACAGCUCUUCACACCACUGCCCAGGCUGCCACGCACUUCUACACAAUGCCAAGCGAUUGGUAA